GUAGCCAGUUGGUCACGUGAUUCGUCAUGAAGCUGUUGCUGGGGUUCGCCCUGUACUGCUUUCUGGUGCAGGCAGUCCGUAGAAAUGAGCGGAAUCUUGGCUGUUUGAAGCAUAACAAGUACAAGCCUGAGAGUUCCUGUCAUUCGCCGCCUCGUCGCUUUUAUGCCUUCCACCGAGUCCUCUUCGAUUGCAUACAGGUGAAGACCCGCUGUCCGAGGAUGUACUCGUUGAACGAAUAUUACACUUUUAAAGAAUGCCGCGAUGACUGCCGGUUCUUCAUGAAGGUUCCAGAGGUUUCGAAUAAUACCUCCAAUACCACAGAUACCAAAAAUACCACAGAUACCAAAAAUACCACAAAUACCACAGAUACCAAAGAUACCACAACUACGGAAGAUACCACAACUACGGCAGAAAACGCAGAUACCACUACUCCCUCUACUCCCACGGAAGAAUCUUGAAAAUUAAAGAGUAAAGGCUGCCACAGUAAAAGAAUGUUGAACAUAUUAAACGCUUUUUCUUAUAAAUUUCGUAUAAAUCUAGGAUCUUUCGAUCGACUUCGCAAGAGGAACUUUAAGUGAAAGGGAACCCAAACUUGAUAUUCUCUAGAACGAAUUAAAAUGAUCCAUUUGAAACGCUUAGUGUGCUUAAUUUGCUUGAUUUAUAUACAUGUGUGCUGCAUUACAUUUUCAAUUAUUUUCUCCUA